AUUUCUUGUGAGAGUAGAUCCUACAAGUGACAAAUAAUUUAAUAUUUUACUUGAUAAGAUUUUGACGGUUUUACUUGACUUUGAUUAAUUGGAUUAAUUAUUAUAAGGUCUUACUCCUAAUCUUAUUCUAUUACAUACAUAUACUAUACUAGUACGCAACACGUCAAGACAGCUUCUUAUCCAUUUCUAGUUCAUAGGUUCCGAUGGAAAUAACCAUUGACGAAUUUUAGCUACUAUGAACACCACCACUUUCAACCCUCCUCCUACCUAUCCUUCUUCAACUCCACCAAAAUUCCCAGAAAUCUCAAACUGCAAAUCCAUCAACCAAUUGAAACAAAUUCAUGCCAGACUCAUAAAAACUGCUCAAAUUCAUGACCCUCUAAUAUCAGCAGAACUUCUCAGUUGCUCUGCUCUCACUCUUAAAAACCUCACCUAUGCUCGUCUUCUCUUCUACAACAUGAACCAACCAAACCGCUUCUCAUAUAACACCAUUAUUAGAGCUAUUACAGAAAUUGAAGAUGACCCAGUGGAAGCUUUUUCUGUUUUUACCCUUAUGUUUUAUGAUCAGUUUGUUUCUCCAAACAAGUUUACAUUCCCUUCUGUGCUUAAAGCUUGCGCAAAGUUGCAAAAUCUGAUUGCGGGUAAACAAAUUCAUGCUCUAAUUGUGAAAUAUGGUUUGGAAGAUGAUGGGUUUGUGGUUAGCAAUCUUUUGAGGAUGUAUGUUAUGUGUGGUGAAAUAGGUGAUGCUCAUUUACUGUUUUCUUUGAAGAUUUUGUAUGAUGAUGAUGAUGAUGAUGAUGAUGAUGAUGAUAAUAAUAAUAAUAAUAAUAAUAAUAAUAAUAAUAAUAAUAAUAAUAAUGAUGAUGAUGAUGAUGAUGAUGAUGAUGAUAAUGAUAAUGAUAGUAGGAUGAGACAAGAAGGUGAUGUAGUUUUAUGGAAUGUGAUGGUUGAUGGGUAUAUUAAGCUUGGGGAUUUUGGCGCUGCCCGCCAACUGUUUGAUAAAAUGCCUAGGAGAAGUAUAGUUUCAUGGAAUGGGAUGAUAGCUGGGUAUGCUCAAUGUGGUAGGUUUAAGGAAGCAAUUGAGGUUUUUAGAGAGAUGCAAAUGGUGGAUGAGAAUGUUAAACCUAAUUAUGUAACAUUGGUUAGUAUUCUGCCAGCAAUUUCUCAUUUGGGUGCACUUGAAUUAGGCAAGUGGAUUCAUUUGUAUGCUGAUAGAAAUGGUAUUGAGAUUGAUGAUGUGCUUGGCUCUGCUCUUAUUGAUAUGUAUGCCAAGUGUGGUAGUGUUGAUAAGGGACUCCAAAUCUUUGAGAGCCUUCCAAAAAAGAGUACUAUAACAUGGAAUGCUGUUAUAAAUGGGCUUGCUAUUCAUGGUCGUGCUACCGAAUCUAUACAGUAUUUCUAUAGGAUGCUAGAUUUGGGGAUUAAACCGACUGAUGUUACCUACAUCGGUGUUAUAACCGCUUGUAGCCAUGGCGGAAAAGUUAAGGAAGGAAAAAUGUUUUUCGAUCACAUGAUUCGGGUAUCCAGGUUGAAGCCUAGGAUUGAGCAUUAUGGUUGUAUGGUAGAUCUGUUGGGUCGUAAUGAAAAAUUACACGAAGCUGAGAAAUUUAUAAGUGAUAUGCCUAUGAAACCAGAUGCUGUCAUUUGGAAGGCCUUAUUAGGCGCUUGUAAGAUGCACGGGGACAUCGAAAUGGGAAGACGCGUAGCCAAACAUCUAAUGGAAAUUGUUCCGUCUGAUAGUGGAUCAUAUAUUGCUCUAUCAAAUUUGUAUGCAUCUUUAGGAGAUUGGGAUGGAGUUGCUCAGGUCAGGCUAUUGAUGAAGAACAGAAACAUAAGAAAAGAUCCCGGUUGUAGUUGGAUUGAGCUCAAUGGAGUCAUUCACGAGUUUUUCGUAGAAGAUGACUCGCACCCAUGUACUAAUGAGAUUCGUUUGAUGUUGAAGGAGAUUUCUAGCAGAUUGCAGUCGAUAGGUUACAAGCCAAAUACCACACAAGUUUUGCUUAAUGUGGAUGAAGAAGCAAAACAAAGUGCUUUAGUCCAUCAUAGUGAAAAGAUUGCUGUUGCAUAUGGGUUAAUCAGUACUAACUCUCGAACACCACUUCGGGUUGUUAAAAAUCUGCGAAUAUGCGAUGAUUGUCAUUCAUCGAUCAAACUUAUCUCCAAAUUGUAUAACCGAAGAAUUGUUGUAAGAGAUCGCAAGCGAUUUCAUCAUUUCGAGGAUGGGUUAUGUUCUUGUUGUGACUGCUGGUAAAUUUCUCAUGAUAUGAAUGAAGAUAGACAGUCUGAACCAAGUAAUAUUGGCUCACAUAUGGUCUUAAACUCGAGGGAUUUAAAUCCCAAAAGUGAGCUAACUUGGGAAAAAGUUUAGCUUUCACUCCAUUCCAAGGGUUUGAUCAAAUCCCUUUAGGCCAGUGUAAAAUGGUUCUAGGUGUCAUAUGUAAUGCUCCGGUUCCCUGUUUUGAGACAUGGAGCUAUAGCAAUGUAUAUCAUGUGGUAGUGGCAAGGCCGUUCCUGAUCCGAGGCAAGGUAUAUAUUUGUCUAGAGCACAAAGCUAGAAAGAGGCCCAAUACCUCAAUUCAUCAAUGUUGUCAUGUAGUACGUAGAAUACUGAAUGGUAACUUUGUUUUUGCCAAACACCCAUUAAUGCACGAAAUCAACCCUCUAUAGAAAGGGCUGAUUUUAUUUUGCCUAGGAUUCAUAAAACUUGCAAUGACUCUGUCUCAUAUGGGGUGCAGUUUCAUUCAUGUAACUCAGAUUUUUACCACUUAUGUAAAUAGAUGAGAUCCUUAUAGAUCAAACAAAGAGAUACUGAAUAAGAUGGAAGUAUAUAACAUAAUAUUUUCUUUUACAUUACACUAUAAGAAGGAUCUCAAAUACUCCUAGUACAAAACACAAUCUAAAUCGAACUCCUCUUCCAACCUAAAGAGGUAAUCAUCUUUGUGUUGCAAAUAGAUUUGUGUACAUUUUAUUCACUUGAACAAAAAUUGGCACUGAAAUUUGACAAGCAAAAGGUCUUCAAACUAGAAAUCCCACUACAUCUCAAAUAAAUUCUUU